GAAAAUACCACCACCAUUAAUCAUUCAACUUAAUUUUCUCUCGCUUUGUCUCUGCAUAGUCAUGGCUUGCAACCUCCAAACUUCUUUCCUUCCUGCUCUGAAAUUUCCCGCAGAAGCAACCUUAGACAAAAGAAGAGGCAAUGGCUUGGUGGUUUGCUCAGUUGCUAGUGCUGCUGACAGCAUUAUGACUGCAAGCACACCAACUGGGUCGGCCGCUGUGGUCGUGAGGCCAAGGCCACUGUCAAGAAGAGAGGUUGAAACCAAUGAGAGGAAAAUGACUGGUACUACGGGAAAAUUUGGAAGGUUUGGGGGGAAGUUUGUGCCUGAAACACUGAUGACUUGUUUGAGCAAGCUUGAAGCUGAAUUCAACCUGGUUUUGCAUGAUGCUGAAUUUCAGGAGGAGCUGGCGACGGCGCUAAGGGACUAUGUGGGACGCGAGACGCCUCUCUACUUCGCUCAGCGCCUCACGGAUCACUACAAGAACGAGAGUGGGUGUGGGCCACAGAUUUACCUAAAGAGGGAGGAUCUCAACCAUGGUGGAGCACACAAGAUCAACAAUGCCAUUGCACAGGCCAUGAUCGCCAAACGCAUGGGCAGGACGAGUAUUGUGGCGGCCACCGGAGCUGGGCAGCACGGCGUUGCAACAGCCGCUGCGUGUGCUAAACUUUCUUUGAAGUGCACCAUCGUCAUGGGGACCUUGGACAUGGAAAGACAAGCAUCCAAUGUGCUCUUAAUGAAGCUCCUAGGUGCUGAGGUUAAAUCUGUUGAUGGGAAUUUUAAGAACGCAACCUCAGAAGCGAUCCGGGAGUGGGUUGGGAAUUUGGAAACAAACUACUUCUUGAUAGGCACCGCAGUGGGGCCUCACCCAUGUCCAAGCAUGGUUCGUGAGUUUCAAUCAAUAAUUGGGAAGGAAACAAGGAGACAGGCAAUGGAGAGAUGGGGUAGGAAGCCCGAUGUGUUGGUUGCUUGCGUGGGGAGUGGCUCCAAUGCACUAGGGCUGUUCCAUGAAUUCAUAGCGGAUAAAGAUGUGAGGAUGAUUGGAGUUGAGGCAGCUGGGUUUGGGCUGGAGAGUGGGAAACACUCUGCAACUUUGGCUAAAGGAGAGGUGGGUGUGUACCAUGGAGCUAUGAGCUACUUGUUGCAAGAUGAGGAAGGGCAGAUAGUUGGGCCACACUCAAUUGGAGUUGGGAUGGAGUACCCAGGGGUGAGCCCAGAGCUGAGCUUUCUCAAAGAAACAGGGCGGGUGGAGUCGUACAGUGUCACUGACCAAGAAGCUGUAGAUGCAUACCAAUUAUUGUGCAGAUUAGAGGGAAUUUUCCCGGCCUUGGAAGCCUCUCAUGCUCUGGCAUUUCUGGACAAGCUAUGCCCGACCCUCCCAGACGGGGCCAAGGUUGUAGUAAAUUGUAGUGGGCGCGGAGAUAAGGAUGCCCCAACUGUUUUCAGGCUCACACAAGGGUCCAGCCUAGGUGACAACAAAAGGCAUCCUGUGAGCCCAUAAGCCUGUGGCUGUGUCCAUUUGCUACUAGAACAAACACCCAUCAAUCAUCAUCACCACUAGGGUACACUAGAUGUAAUUUUAAAGUUCAAGAGGCAGAAAAGAUAUGCAAAAUUUGAUUGAUCAAUUGAAACUGCAACUUAAUAUGUUUUAUUAAGGAAAAGAAAUAUCCUGUUCAAUAA